AUGGCGGAGUUUCCUCCACCUAGCCUCCAACCCGUCAUCCAGGAAGUGUUUGACCUUCUUAAAUCUCGGAAUGAGACCAUUUCUGUUGCCGAGACUGCUGCUGGUGGUCUCAUCUCCGCUUGCCUGAUAUCCGCCCCGGGCGCAUCGGCCAUUUACAGGGGCGGACUCACAGUCUACACCCUCCAAUCGCGCCUAGAAUUCGCGGGCUGGACAUCAGAAAACCUUAAGGACUACAGGGGUCCUACAACUCAGAUUGUUGCUGGCAUGGCUGAUCAUACUCGGCGUACACUGGGUUCAACCUAUGCAAUUAGCGAGAGUGGCACGGCCGGACCCACGGGUGGCACGACAAGAAACCGGACACCUGGUUAUGUAGCGAUGGCUGUAGCAAGUGCAUCGGGGAGCGUUACUCGAGAAUUUGAGACGGGAAGUAAUGAUCGGGCAGAAAAUAUGGUCGUGUUUGCACGAGAAUCCUUGAAACUGCUGAGAGAUGUACUAUCUGGAGCUGAGACUCCAUCGCCUUAA